AUGAUUUUCGACUUAAUUUUUUUUCUAAAUCUUUUUGCUUUGAUACCAUGUUAUAAUGGUGAGACGAUAGAUUUAGAUUAUUUACGCUUAUUGGAUGAUCGUUUGAUGUACAGCAUUGAUUAUAAACCGAUUGACCAGUUUCCGACGGACAUAGAAGAAAAGGAGGGAAAGUUAGUUCAGAUAACUUCACCAGAUCAAGAACAGUACAAGUGUCUCAUACCUACAAUUAACACUUACUCAAAGAAGCGCAUUGAAGCAUAUACUGGUCCUUCACCCGCACAGUUACUCAAUCCAAUCUACGACGAAAGCAUAUGUUCAUACAAAUUUGAAGCUUAUUGGAACUACGAGGAAGCCAAAAAUUUUGACCAAUUGAAUCCUCCCACAAAGAAGAUUGGAGAUGAGGUGCGCGCUUACUAUCCUGUUACCUACUCACACGGAACUUUAUGUGAUCUAAAUGGCAAGCCUCGACAAACAGUUGUGCUAUAUGUUUGCGAGGAGAAUGCCCAGCAAAAUAUUUAUUCAUUCACGGAAAUAUCAUCUUGCCAUUAUGAGAUAAUUGUUUUUGUAAAUGAAUUGUGCGCUCAUCCGGCCUUUCAGAUAAUGCCUCGUAAAGAAAAUGAGAUUAAGUAUUUUGGAAAAUGUAUAGAAUACCGACCACAAAGGAAUAUGGACAAAUUAUAUAUCAUUUAA